AUGUCACAGGUUGGGGGUAUAGAUGUAGAAAUCAAAAAACAAAGUUCUGUAUGUAAGCAAAUGCGUUUUAGCAUAGACCGUACAAGUCUUUUAAGUACGCUGUCCAGAGUAAGUGGAGUGGUCGAAAGGCGUAAUGCAAUAGAUAUCUUGGCGUGUAUAAAUAUUAAAGCACAACAUGGCAGCAUAAAAUUAAUGGCUACUGAUCUUGAUAUUUCAAUAUUUUCUUCACUUGCUGCAGAUGUGUCAACAGAAGGAGAAGUAAAAGUUUCAGCACAUACUUUACACGAUAUAGUGAAGAAGUUGCCAGCUGAUUUGGAUGUCAAUUUUGAGGAUGCAAGGGAUAACAUUCGUAGUGCUAUUGGCGUUCCAAGUAAUAAGGAAAUAGUUUUUACGUCUGGUGCAACUGAAGCAAAUAGUCUUGUUAUGAAAGGGAUAGCAGGCUUUCAACAUGUGAUUUCAGCUGUAGAACAUCCCUCAAUUCUUAAUUCUGCGUGCAAUCCACAUAUAAUACCCGUCAAUCAGGGGGGUAUUGUCGAUCUUUUGGCGCUAGAAAGAAUUUUAAGUGAACUUAAAGGGAAUAUGGUUUGGUUACAACUCCAACAGUCAAUAUCUUUUUUUCUUUUGACGCUUUAUCCUUAA